AUGCGUUUCGCUCCGAUCCUCUUCAACUUUGUUGCCGGCGUCUCUGCCAUUGACAUUUGGCUCAACUGGGAUGCCACCGACUGUCGCGGAAAGAACAGUGUCCACUGUGCAAACGCCACCUUCGGCCAAGACACAUCUGUCUGCAUGUCCUUCGGCGGGUACGGCGGUGGCGGCUAUCACUUCAUCAACGACCGAAGACGCUCCGUUCGAAGAUCUGGCAAUGAUUCUAUCCUUCUCUUUGGACAUUCUGUCAUAUCUGCGCCACUGAAUCCCGCGCCUCGGCCAUGUUUACUAAUAGCUGCGUUUAGUGUCGACAUCGCGGCAGCUGACAGGGACCUUGAGGAUGUCCCUGAGAAGUUCCACGUGUACAAGAUGGAGUAA